AUGGGUGACAAUAUCUCUCAGCCACCAGAUGAGCCUGUCCUCGGUCCAACCCUAGCAUCAUCAAGCAUCGAAGAUAUUCCGACUCUUGAUCUUCUUGUCAAGCUAGAGCUGGAUCGGGGUAGCGAUGGAACUAAACCAUGCGAUGACAAAGAGACAGAGAUCACUGAAGCUCAUCCAGAGAAGGACGUUCUCUCGAACUCUAUUGCAGAUGAUUCCCAUCUACCACACAGCGAUGAAACAGCUCAGAACCAUGAGCAAGAACUUUUUGAUGACAUCGCCACUGAGUAUGGGGAUACUUCGGGUUCCGAGCCGGAUUUUUCAUCGAGUUCAGAAUUUGACUUCGGGUCGGAUUAUGAGAAUGAAGAAACAACAGACGAGUAA